CCCUGCAGACUCUGGGGGGUGCAGAGACCAGCACCAGUCCUUCUCUCUGCACUGGAGCCAGACGGGGCAGCCUCUUUUCACAUCUGUAGUGGUUUUUCCCCACUUGUCCAGGGGACGGGGGUGCAGAGGAGAAAGGCCAGAGAAUGUCGUCCCAGGCCGUGGGGAACCAGACCUCCUCCGGGGUCACAGAUGACUACUCCAACUGGUACAUUGACGAGCCCCAGGGGGACCAGGAGCUCCAGCCAGAGGGAGUGGUGCCUGCCUGCCACCCCAGCGUGCUGUUGGGGCUUCUCCACGCCUGCCUGGCUGUGCUGUCGAUCCUUGUGCUGCUGCUGCUGGCUGUGCUCACGAGGGUGCGUCGGCCCCGGCCCUGCUGCGGGCUCGGCAGAUCUGGACAGUUCCAGUUGGUGCCAAGGCCUGGGCACCCCCACUUGGGUGGCCCAGCUGAUAGGGCCACUCUGGGGCAGUGGGGGUUUGUUAGCCCCGUGGAUUUCCUGGCGGGGGACACGACCUGGCCAGUGCCUGCGGCUGUCUUUGUGGUCCUCUUCAGCUCCUUGUGUUUGCUGUUCCCUGCGGAGGACCCACUGCCCUUCCUGACCUUGGCUUCACCCCCCAGCCAAGAUGGAGAAACGGAGACUCCAAGAGGACCUUGGAAGAUCCUCGCCCUGCUCUAUUACCCUGCCCUCUACUACCCUCUGGCCGCCUGUGCCACAGUCGGGCGUGGAGCCGCACACCUGCUCGGCGGCGUGCUGUCCUGGGCUCACUUCGGGGUCCAGAUCUGGCAGAGGGCACAGUGUCCUCAGACACCCAAGAUCUACAAGUACUACACCCUGCUGGCUUCCUUGCCUCUGCUUCUGGGCCUUGGAUUCCUGAGCCUUUGGUACCCGGUGCAGCUGGUGAGAAGUUUCCGGAACAUGGCAGGAGCAGGUUCUGAGGGGCUGCCAAGCCGCUACUGUGAGGAAUAUCUGAGGGCCCUCCUUUGCCGGAAGAAGCUGCGAAGCAGCUCCCACACCUCCAAGCAGGGCUUCCGAUCCUGGGCCUGGAUCUGUUACAGAAACUACAUCUAUACUCCACAGCGAGGAUUCCGACUCCCUCUGAAGCUGGUGCUUUCAGCCACCUUGACAGGGACAGCCAUCUACCAGGUGGUCCUGCUGCUGCUGGUGGGCGUGGUACCCACCAUCCAGAAGGUGAGGGCGGGUAUCAACACGGACGUCUCCUACCUACUGGCCGGCUUCGGGCUCGUGCUCUCAGAGGACAGGCAGGAGGUGGUGGGGCUCGUGAAGCAUCACCUGUGGGCUCUGGAAGUUUGCUACAUCUCGGCAUUGGUCCUGUCCUUCUCGCUCACCUCCCUCAUGCUGAUCCGCUCGCUGGUGACACACAGGGCCAACCUGCAAGCUCUGUACCGAGGGGCUGCCCUGGAGCUGGGCCCCCUACCCCAGGGUGCCCACCUCUCCCGCCAGGCCGUAUGCUGUUGGAUGAGCUUCAGUGCCUACCAGACUGCCUUUACCUGCCUCGGACUCUUGGUGCAGCAGAUCGUCUUCUUCCUGGGGACCACGACCCUUGCCUUCCUGGUGUUCAUGCCUGUGCUCCAUGGCAGGAACCUCUUGCUUCUCCGAUCCCUGGAGUCCUCGUGGCCCUUCUGGCUGACCUUGGCCCUGGCUGUGGUCCUACAGAAAAUGGCAGCCCACUGGGUCUUCCUGGAGACUCACCAUGGAUACCCAGAGCUUACUAACAGGCGAGUGCUCUAUGCAGCCACCUUCUUUCUCUUUCUCAUCAACAUGCUGGUGGGCGCCAUGGUGGCUGCCUGGCGUGUGCUUCUCUCUGCUGUCUACAAUGCUGUCCACCUUGGCCAGAUGGAUCUCAGCCUGCUGCCACCUCGGGCAGCCACUCUCGACCCCGGCUAUCACACAUACUGCGGCUUCCUGAAGAUCGAGGCCAGCCAGUCGCACCCGGCUACCACGGCUUUCUGUGCCCUGCUUCUGCAGAACCAGCGGCCUCGUUUUCCCCGGGCCCCCCAGGAUGGCCUCAGACAGGGGCAGGAAGAAGAAGGGAUGCAGCUGCUGCAGACCAAGGACGCCAUGGCCAGGGGAGCAGGGCCCAGGGCCCGCCAAGGAAGGGCCCGCUGGGGGCUGGCCUACACGCUUCUGCACAAUCCUGCCCUGCAGGCCUUCCGGAAGAAGGCUCUGUCAGGGGCCUAGGUCAAUGGAGCCCAGCCCUGAGAGUGGGGAAGCCGCUGUGUCCUUGUCAGGGCUGAAGUGCUCCCCCGCUCCCAGCGCACUCCCUCCCAGCUUCCCCAGCAUCCUCCCAGUCUCCCUGGCCUCUCUCUGUC